ACUCCAGUCUGGUAGGUGGCGGUAAAUGCACCUUAAGUUGGUUGCCAUCCGCCAAUAAAAAACAAAAGAAGAAGAAGAAGCAGUACUUUCCGAGAGAUGAUGAAGAAUCUGGAUAUCUACUGACGGCAGCCGUCCAGAACACACACUCUCCUGUUAAGGCAGAAGAAAUGGCACCUUUAGCUGGGACAGAGCUGAUCCACACACCAGUGCAGCUCUAUCGACACCUGCUGCGAUGCUGCAGGCAGUUACCAUCAGCAGCCACGCAGCAGCAUUACCGGCACGCCAUACGACAGGGCUACAACAGCCACUCAGACGAAGACGACCCAGAGAGGAUACAGAUGAUCAUCCAGAGGGCCGUCAAGGAUGCAGAAUGGAUUUUAGAUAAAUAUACCAAGAAGAAGUAGCCUCCAUCAGCCACGAGGACAUCGUGCUGUAAAUAUUGUUUUGUUUCCAAUAAAUUAUUUCAAUGCAA